AUCCAAAAAUACGUACAUUUAUAUGCCUAAAAUGUUUGAUUAUGUUGAACCAAUAGAUGUUGAUAAUAUUUACAACUCACUUCAAGAAGAAGUACCGGGAAUCAAAAUGUUUAAAAAUAAAAUUAAAAAAGACUAUAAAAAUAUAUUCAAUACACCCCUGCAAAUUGGCAGGCGUGCAAAUCGAAAUAUAUUCGCGAAAAAGAUAAUUAAAGAUAGAACAAUGUGUUUAUUAACUCAGCCACCUACAAUAGAUCGUAAAGGAAAAAUACCUGACUUAAUUUGGAGAAAAAUGAAGUUAUCAUCUCCACAACCUCCUGACGUGGUUCUAUCGUCAUGGAAAGAAGAUGAUAAUGAUUACGAUUAUAGUGAUGAUGAUAAAGAUGAAGACAAUUAUAAUAAAACAAACGAGAUCAUUAUUGAUUUCGAAAAACAAGUUUUUAAAAUACCUUCUACUGCUAUUACUACCACAGAAAAGGUUACUACAGUAACGAUACAAGCAACUGCUGCUUAUCAGAAUCAGAGUUCUAACAUAACCUUGGAUCAAAAUACAAAACAUCAACUGCCUGAUAAUUUUGUAAUUUUGAAUGGUACUAGGAAAGGACAGUGUUAUAGGUGUGGAACAAACACUGGCCAUUCUGAAAAUUCUUUUUGUCAUGACUUAUUUAACAAUAACGAAUAUCGAUCGUUGGUCGGAUUAUUACGAACAACUUGCUACGAUAAUCCAUCAGUAAGCCACGGCAAGAAAGUAAAAUGGCCUAAAGAAUACGAUAAAUUUAAAUUGUACCAAUACACUGAUCAAGGCUUGGAAACUAAACUCUAUGGUUCGUAUUCAGGUGGUUGCUUUAAGAGAUUCCUAGAUAUUGGUAAUUUCUACACACAAAGAGGCUGUAGGCAAUGGCCACCCGAUGGCAACAGAUUUAGAAGAAGAUAUUUUGAUCAUCCCACUACUCAACUAUAUAGAAGACUGGAAAAGAAACUUGGUAAGAGCGAAAGAGAUGCUUGUGUCUACAGUCUUCACGCUUCUCUUGUGCCUUUUUCACGAGAUCAAUCGUUGUUUGCAAGACAUCAUGUUUGUGUUUGUAAGGGAAGGUAUUGUAAUGCUGCUAGUAAUAUUAUCACUUCAUUUGUAAGUUUCAUUUUAGGUGUAAUUUAUUUCAUAAAGUAA